AUGGCGGAGGCAGCGUGCACCUUCAACUUCCUAAGCGGGAAGCCAGAGGGGGAGAGCCAAAUAGACAGGGCCUUCCAAAUAUUCUGGGAGCAACUGGAAGCUCUACUGUCCCCAGUGAUGGGGCCCAACACCCAAAAGCACACUCAAUUAAGAAAAACCACACGGAGGAAGGCACAGUCACCCCAGGCACCGAAUCGCCCAGCGGGACAGAGGCUGCGAGAAACUAACAGACAAAAGGUAACCGGAGACCCGAAAAGCGACAAAAAAAAGCAAGGCGGCAGCCUUCGGGAGCCGGCAAGUAAAGAUGCAGAAGCACUCUGGUCGGUCACUCCACGUACCUGA